CCAGACCGCUCGUUCAGUGCCCCUUUUGCAGAUGCUGGUAUAGGCAACUAUACGCGUUCCGGCGAAUAUGCAUAACCUCCGACCCAACUUUUCCUUAUCGGCGAGCGGUGUCACACAUUCCCUUCGUAUCGCGUGCCGUUUUGGGCGGUAAAAAUCACAUGUGAAUGGAUCCGGCAACAGGACUUUUUUUCACUCUAGCUCCACACGACUGCAUUCCCCACUUUCGCAUGUCCCCGGAACCCGCACCGGUGGUUCCUUCAUUUAUAUUAAAGCUGGUUCUUGGAACAUGCUACAAUUUUUUGCUCCUUGCGUAUAAGGCUGUAACCGGUUGUGGCUCAAAGUAGAUCGUGAGACCUAUUCCUGUUACAUGACGUCACUAGUCCAAGCUUUUGAACCAUGUCGUAAACAGCCCCAGACCUUUCGCAUGCAUGAUUCGACGUCUAACGAGUUCAACAAAAGACGCUUCCAGGCCGUUUGCGCUUUACCACGCUACCCGGAACUGCCCCUGAGGUUAAAGUCUCGCAGCUAGGGGCCAUAUGCCGUGCUCAUUCCCACGGCCACUGUAUCUCACUUGUUUUAUUACUGUUUCUCGCUUUACUCUUUCUAUUACUGUUUCUCUC